AUCUCCAUAUGACAUUAUGACAUGGCAUGAGCCAUAGUGGAAAUUCUUGUUAGUAAAUCAAGAGAAAAUUUGACAGUAUUAUGGCAUUUAUUUUAUUUUAUUGUGGCUUUAUGUUAUAUAUUUUAUCUUUAUUUAUGAUACAUGUAAUGUAGUACAUCUAUAUUUGUUGAUAUCGUUAUUGGUUUAAUGUUGUGGGGUUUUUUUUUGUUUUUUUAGAGUGUGUCUUACACACUACAUGACGCACCGCAGGUUUGCUAACUGCUUUUGUUUGUGGUGAAAAGCCAGAAAGAGCAUAUGCGCAGGUACUGUUUGUCGGCAUUUCCGUGACUUGUGCAUGGAGGGCCUCUGCCAUUACCGCCAGUAGAAGGAGCUCUUCAGUUUUAGAUUAUCGACAAACCAAACGUUUACAAACAUGGCGAUAUCACAGACCGCCAGGAUGCUGUCGUCCCUUCGCUUUUUGUUAUAUUUAUUAAUCCUCGAAUUUACAGGGAUAAAUUCUACGACCCUUCACGUUCACCCUUCGCAACACUUUUCGCUUUCUCAAAACAGAGGCUUCUUCAUUGUAGACGCAAGAGAGGAUCUACCAGACGGUGGCAGAGGUGGAGCGGACGCCGCGGCUCCGAGGGUGCCUCUGGGCACUCCUAGUAUCACUGAAGCCGAACAGGGCUCCGGUGUUUACCCGCAGUACCGAAGCCGACGGAGCGCGGGUGCAUCGACCGUACCCAAGGUCUACGGGCAGGUUAGGCUCAAUGACUCCCACAACCAGAUGGUGGUUCAUUGGGCUGGAGUGAAGAGCAAUGUCAUUGUAGCCUUGGCCCGAGACAGCACUGGAGCUAUGACAUCCAAGUCUAGCUCUGUUUAUGUUUCUUACGAUUACGGAACCACUUUCGUGCUCAUCUCUGACAAGUUUCAGUUUUCUGGGUCAAGGUUGAAAGAUGGCACUAAGCAGAUCAUCUCGCAGUUUUACCACAGCCCUGCAGACAACAAAAGAUAUCUCUUUGUAGACACUAUCAACAAUUACUUGUGGAACACUUAUGACUUCUGUAAGACAGUCCAGGGCUUUUCGCUACCAUUUAAACCCACAGAUCUGCUGAUCAACAGCAGACUAUCCAACAUGGUACUUGGCUAUGACAACUCCCACCCAUCCAAACAGCUUUGGAAAUCAGACGAUUUUGGGGAGACAUGGGUGUUGAUCCAAGAACAUGUGAAGACCUACUUUUGGGGAGUAGAACCCUAUGAUCCGCCCACUACAGUGCUGGUCCAGAGACAUGAGCCCCAGGGAUUCUCCACAAUUAUCACAAGCACUGACUUUUUCCAGAGCGAACAGAACCUCAAAGUAAUCCUGGAACAGGUAGACAGCUUUCAGCUCCAGGACAAGUACAUGUUUGCUACCACAACGCAGAAACUCUUUGGUAGCCAUAAACGUUCAUCUGUUCAGCUCUGGGUCUCAUAUAACCGCCAGCCAAUGAAAGCUGCCCAGUUUAGGACCCGCCAUCCAGUCACAGAUUUCUACAUAGCAGAUGCAUCUGAGGACCAAGUAUUUGUUUGUGUAAACCAUGUAAACAAUGUCACAAACCUCUACAUCUCAGACACACAGGGUCAGUCCUUUUCUGUAUCACUGGAGAAUGUGCUAUAUUACAAUCCAGAGGGGUCUGGCAGCAAUACACUCAUCAGGUAUUUUGCCAAUGAACCCUUUGCAGACUUGCACCGUGUGGAGGGCCUGCGUGGCGUCUACAUCGCCACACUUGUAAAUGGCUCAUUCAGUGAGCAAAACAUGCGAUCUGUCAUCACUUUCGAUAAGGGUGGGACAUGGGAGCUGCUUCAGUCACCUGGUGCAGACAGCCUGGGAGGGACACUGGACUGUCAGAUCACUAAAGGUUGCUCUCUGCACCUGGCCCAGCGCUGGAGCCAGUUAUUUAAUAUCCAGUUGAGGAGACUGUCCAUCUUAUCCAAGGAGUCUGCGCCAGGCCUUAUCAUGGCUACCGGGUCAGUUGGUAGAAAUUUAGCCAACAAAACCAAUGUGUAUGUAUCCAGCAGUGCUGGAGCACGGUGGAGAGAGGCACUGGCAGGCCCUCAUUUCUACACUUGGGGUGACCAUGGUGGUAUUCUGAUGGCUAUUGUACAAGGAGGCCCCACCACACACCUUAAGUACAGCUCCAAUGAGGGUGAAACUUGGAAUGACUUUAAGUUCUCGGACAGAGAGGUGUACGUUUACCAGCUGCUAACCGAACCUGGGGAGAAGAGCACCAUCUUCACCAUCUUUGGCUCCUACGCUGACCAGAGACACAGUUGGCUUAUCCUGCAAGUCAACACUUCUGAUGUUCUGGGUGUCCCAUGUUCUGAGGCUGAUUACAAGCACUGGUCGCCAUCAGAUGACCAUGGUAAUGAAUGUCUGUUGGGCAGAGAAAUAACUUUUAAAAGACGAGCUCCUCAUGCUACAUGUUUUAAUGGAGAAGACUUUGACCGGCCCAUCACUGUCUCCAACUGCUCUUGCACGCGCCAGGACUAUCAAUGUGACUAUGGCUUCAAACUGAGUGAGGAGCUGUCUUUGCAGGUGUGUCUGCCUGAUCCUGAGUUCAUCGGUGACCUCUAUGCUCCUCCAAUUCCUUGCCCUGUCAAUACCUCCUACCGUCGCAGCAAAGGCUACAGGAAGGUAUCGGGGGACAGCUGUAGUGGAGGAGACGUGGAAUCCAGGCUAAAUGGAGAAAUGCUGCCAUGUCCUGUCGUAGAGAGCAACGAGUUCAUCUUGUAUGCAGUGAGGAACUCUAUCCACCGCUAUGACCUUGCAACAGGCACAGACCAGGUCCUUCCUCUAGCUGGCCUCAGGGAGGCCGUGGCCCUGGAUUUUGACUAUGAAAGUAACUGCCUGUACUGGGCUGAUAUUUCACUGGACACUAUACAGCGUCUCUGUCUAAAUGGCAGUACAGGUCAGGAGGUUAUAGUAAGAAAAGGCCUGCAGAAUGUCGAGGCCCUUACCUUUGACCCCAUCAGUAAACUGCUCUACUGGGUUGAUGCUGGAGCACAAAAAAUUGAGGUUUCGAAUCCUGAUGGAGACUUGCGUCACACUUUGAUCAAUUCAUCUAUUCUGGAACAUCCCAGAGCUCUUGCUGUGCUUCCGGAAGAGAGUCUGAUGUUUUGGACUGACUGGGGAGAUCGAGCAGCUGGUGUUUACCGGAGUUAUAUGGAUGGAACCAAUGCGUCCUGCAUUGUAUCAGAGGGUGUCCGUUGGCCCAAUGGGAUCACUGCAGAUGAUCAAUGGCUGUACUGGACAGAAGCUUACAGUGACCGAAUCGAGAGAGCUAACUUCAGUGGUGGCCAGAGACGUGUUCUUGUGGAGGGGCUUCCCCACCCAUACGCCAUUGCUGUCUUUAAGAAUGAUUUAUACUGGGAUGACUGGUCCAGAAUGGGAAUUUUCAAAGCUCCAAAGGUUGGUUCCCACAGCAAUGAGCUGAUUGUUGGCAGACUAACUGGAGUCAUGGACCUCAAGAUCUUCUAUAAGGGGAAGAAUCAAGGUCAUAAUGCCUGUGCAGACCAGCCCUGUAGCCUGCUGUGUCUCCCUCAGCCUGGCCACCAACACAUUUGUGUUUGCCCAGAUACCAUUCCGACUGUAACCAUGCCCAAUGGUGAUUUGCAGUGCCAGUGUCCCACUGGAUAUCACCUCAAGAACAAGACCUGUGUUAAGACUGAGCACACCUGUUUGCCCAAUCAAUAUCUCUGCUCUAAUGGCCGCUGCAUCAGCAGCAUCUGGAAAUGUGACAAUGAUGAUGACUGUGGAGACAAAAGUGAUGAACAGGAGUGCCCUACUAUGAUUUGUGACUCGUCCAAUCAAUUUCGAUGUGUGGCCUCAGGAUCCUGCAUCCCUUUGGCCUUCAAAUGUGACCAUGAAGAUGACUGUGGAGACAGCAGUGAUGAAGAGGACUGUGAGUCUCAUCAGUGUGGCCCUGGAGAGUUUACAUGUGCACGAGGCAUCUGUAUCCGUGAGGUAUGGCGCUGUGAUGGAGACAAUGACUGCAGAGACUGGUCAGAUGAGACGAACUGCACAGUUGGCCACCAUACAUGUGAGCCGACUAGCUUCCAGUGCCACACGGGUCACUGUAUUCCACAACGCUGGACCUGUGACGGGGAUGAUGACUGUCAAGAUGACUCAGAUGAAGACCCUCAGUAUUGCGAAGGAUCUCGGUGUAAAGGCUUCCUGUGUGCCAAUGACAGCUGCCUGCCAGCAACUGCCCAUUGCAAUGGCAUACGAGAGUGUCCUGAUGGUGCAGAUGAGAACAACUGUGACCCUCUGUGUACUCGCUACAUGGACUUUGUAUGUAGGAACCAUGCCCAAUGUCUUUUUCAGUCUCUUGUUUGUGAUGGGAUUAAACAUUGUGAAGAUGGAUCUGAUGAAGAUGCUGGGUAUGCUGGAUGUGCUACACCAUCUGAAUUUGGUAAAGUGUGUGACGCUUACACCUUUCAGUGUGCCAACAAAGUGUGUGUGAGCCUAGAAUGGAAAUGUGAUGGCAUGGAUGACUGUGGGGAUUACUCUGACGAAGCCAAUUGUGCUGCUCCCACUGAUGUUCCAGGCUGCUCUAGGUAUUUCCAGUAUGAGUGUAAAAAUGGACGAUGUAUACCAACAUGGUGGAAGUGUGACCGAGAGAAUGACUGUGGAGACUGGUCUGAUGAGGCACAGUGUACAGAUAGUGUUACUCCUUACACCUUGCCCUCUGGUCCUUCCACCUGUGCUUCCAAUCGCUUUCAUUGUGGUUCUGGGGCGUGUAUAAUCAACACCUGGGUGUGUGAUGGCUACGCAGACUGUCCUGAUAGCAGUGAUGAAUUUGGAUGUCCCACAGUUAAUGGCUCUGUGACGCUGGCUCCAGUACCCACACAGCCCUUUCCUCCACCACCUGUUCCUGAGAGUUGUGCUUUUGAUCAGUUCCUGUGUAACAACCCCCCACGCUGUAUACCUGACUGGCAACGCUGUGAUGGACAGGCCCACUGCCUGGAUGGCUCUGAUGAAGCAGCCUGUCCCACCCAUGGGCCUUUGUCUUGUGUCAGUGGGACUCGCUGUUCAGAUGGUGAAGCUUGUGUGCUGGACACUGAGAGUUGUGAUGGUUUUCUGGACUGCUCCGAUCACAGUGAUGAGGAAAACUGCACUUUGGACACAGUGGCUUAUAAAGUCCAGAACCUCCAGUGGACACCAGACUUUUUGGGCGCCAUCACUCUGACUUGGUCUCGUCCCAAGAACCUUUCUCUGGACUCCUGCUACUUCCUAAUUUUUUACAGACUUGUGGGAACACAGCAGUGGACCAAUCUGGAUACCCACAGCAACAAAACAAGCUACAGACUGACUGUCCUGAAACCUGACACCACCUAUCAAGUAAAGGUGCUCAUUCAGUGUCUCAGCAAACUACAUAAAACCAACGAGGUGAUCUUAGUCAGGACACCAGAGGCCGUGCCUGACCCUCCCAACAAGCUGCAGCUAUCUUGUGAUAAUAGUGAGGAUGGAAAGGUGGAGGUUUCUUGGUCUCCACCUGACAAAGGUCAUGGUCUUAUUAGAGAGUAUGUGAUUGAAUACAGUGAGAAUGGGAGUACAGAUUGGACAUCACAGCGGUGCAUCAAAACUAGAACUCAGGUGAAGAACCUGCAGCUAGAUACCCUGUACAACUUCAGGGUGGCAGCAGUAACCAGUCGAGGCUUGGGGAACUGGUCAGAGGUGAAAUCCAUCACUCCAAAGAAAGCUCUGCCUCUUCCAUCUGUUAUCAUUGAUGGCAUCACUGAUGACUCCAUGAAUAUUUCUUUUGGGUUAAACUCUCAGUAUGAUGUGAAACAGUACAUUGUGAUCCUAUCAUGGCAGUUUGACACCCAUGUUAAAGAGAACCACAACUACACAAUCAGUGAAAGGUUUCUGAAAGUUACUAAUCUUACAGCAGGAACAGACUAUGAAGUGGCUGUGUGGGCACACACUACUAUAGGAGACAGCCCAACUGCUCUGUUCCAUCGUCAGACCACUGGCACUCAGCCAGAGAGGCCACUUCUCAAAGCCAAGGCUCUCAACCAAACAGCUGUGGACUGUAACUGGACAGUAAGCACACCCCUUGUCAAGGUGUUUGGUGUGUUUUAUGCCACAUCAUUCUUGGAGCUGUACAAGAAUCCUAGUAAAGUGAACACAACUUCUCUCAGCCUUACUGUCACAGUGGACAGUGAUGAACAGUAUUUGUUUUUGGUGCGUGCAGUUUCUCCUUUUCUGGGUCCUCCCUCUGAUUACGCUGUAGUAAAAAUGAUUCCCAAUGAGAGGCUGCCACCAAGAAAUCUCCAUCGAGUGCGAGUAGACAAAACGCAGGCUAGACUCAAGUGGCAGCCACCCUACGACACCCCUGACAAACCUCUGACCUACGCAAUCCAUGUGCGGGAUUUAAUUCGUAAACAGGAGCAAGACUACAAAGUGACCACACAGAAUAACACCGUAGAAUAUCUGCUAAAAGGCCUGGAGCCUGGAGGACGAUACAGCAUAUCUGUUCGACUACGCAAUAUGAGCAAAGAAGCUAGCUUCACUCUGAGCACAGUUCCACUUUCUGCUCCUGAUUCUCUGAAGCUUCUAUUGGAGAAGGACCAUGUCUUUCUCUUCUGGAAAAGUCUGGCAGUCAGGGAGAAGGGCUUCAAUGAGAGCAGGGGAUAUGAAGUGCACAUGUACGACAGUGUUACCAACAAGACAACCUACCUUGGAAACACCACAGAGACCUAUUUCCGCAUCACCAGCCUCAUCGCAGGACACAAUUACACUUUCUCUGUGCAGGCUCGCUGCCUGGUCAUUGGUCAAUUGUGUGGGGAACCUGCUUUGCUGCCCUACAACCAUCUUACAGCAGGAAGCAGCAAGACCUUCCCCAGCAAAGCCCAUACAGGGGACAUGGCAGCAGUUGUGGUACCUGUCCUUUUUCUGCUGUUGCUUGGAGUUUGUUUCAGCUUGGUGGCACUUUACCUUCGACACCGCCGUCUGCAGAACAAUUUUACAGCCUUCGCAAACUCCCACUACAACUCUCGUCUUGGCUCUGCUAUUUUCUCCUCUGGAGAUGAACUGGGUGAUGAUGAAGAUGCCCCCAUGAUCAGUGGCUUCUCAGAUGACGUUCCCAUGGUCAUUGCAUAGCAACACAUCCCUCACUACCAAUAGUUUCUCAAUUCUGCUUCGACUCCCCUUUCCUCCACAUCACAUCUAUUGAUGUGCUUAUGACAUUUGAUGUAAAAGGAACAAGUGGUCAACAAAUGGACGUUAUACCAUGAACAUACUGUAUGAAAAUUUUGAUAUUUUUUCAAAUAUAUGAUGGACUUGGAUGCAUAAUAACUUAUAUUUUUGAGAAAAAAAGAAAGCCAGGAAAGGACUCUGAGGGUGGACACUGAAGCAAACUGUGAAGAAUUUGAGUUUGUGAAGAAACCCUACUAGCAAUGCAAACUCACUAUCCAUUAAAAGGAAUCAUUGCUUAAGCAUGCAGAGGCUGGAAUAUAGAAUGCAAAAAUAAAUAAUAAUAAAUAAUAAAAAUAAACAUGUAGACAUGCUGUAUACAAAAGGUACAAGUAAAAAAAUAUCAUGGUAGUAAUAGUUGCAUAUUUUGUUGAUAGUACAGUUUGUACUUGUACUAUAGCAAUAUAUACACACCAACAGUGGUUCAGUGUAAGACAGUAUAGAUGUUAAAUGUGAAUCAUGUUUUAUUGUUUAGAUUGUCUGAAUGUUUAGUGUCUAUUAUCACCAGUUUGAAAAAAUAUUCUUGUAAUCAUCUGAACUUAAACCACUCAGCGCAACCAAACAAAUCUGACUGGACUAACCAGCUGCACCAUGUGCACUUUUAUUUUCCAACACCAGCUCACUGUCGUAUGUCUGUGUAUAGACACAUGUACCAUGAUAUGAGAAGUGGUUUUGACAGGGAAAAAUCCCAUACACCUUUGCUGAGACUGUGACUAUCUGUAUAUAUUGGCUUUAAUAUGUUCUCUCCUUUUAAUGCUGCACCAUAAAAUAUUGUAAAAUGUGUAUUUUUCAUCUUUUAAGGCCAUAAUUUAGUUUAUCCCCAGUGUUUUGAUAUAGCUUUACUCAAAAACCUAAUUUGUUUGGUGUUCUCAGGGAACCAUGGCCACCAGUGCAGCGACACCAUCACCACUAUGGCUUAAGCAGUUAUUUUUAUUGUGUCCUUGAGGGCCUGCUAGAUACAUUGUUAAUGAAUGACAGGUUCACACAAAGGUCUCAAAAGAGUCUCACACACUAUUUGGUGUUACUUGUUCAGGUUGUUAGGAAUUGUUUCUUUAACAUUUCCAACACAAAGAUUUGUUUGAGAAUGAUGUCUUUGUUGGAGAACACAGGAGACAACUCUUUUCAAAACAAAAGUAGUUGAAAGACCUAUUAACAGUUGUUACACCGAAAGGGUUACAGCAUAUUAUAUUGACACAGCCCAAAUCACUGAAAACAUUUUUACCCAGUCAUUAUAAAAGAUGAAUGUUAUCAAAUAUACUCUAAUACUUAGCCUGCUGGUGUUCAACUAAUGAUUUAACAAUAAAACUUCUGAAUAACUAUUGAUGAAUCAAAGACUAAUGACCAAAACAUGAACCAAGAAAACCAAAACUACCGUGAUGGUUAAAUAUUAGGAGUUUUUGGUAUUGUUUUUUUUUUUGUAAAACUUGACGAGAUAAUAACCUGUGAACAUGUUUUCUCUGUCUCAGUAUGCACAGACUUUAACUGUUCUAAAAGUAUCAACACCUGUUCUUCAGAAGUACAAAAUAUAAAUUUGUUUUCUGCGUCCUUGCUUGAGUCAUUUGAAGUGGUGGUGCUGUGCGCUCUGUUGACUUUGUUCUUUUUUUGUCAGCGUCUUCAUGAAUGUACUUUAUAUUUAUAUGUGCAAGUUAAUUUAGAACCAUUACAUUGGGGUCAACUCAGUAGACUGGUUUCUCUGUGCACCCACUUCUGCAGGUAUGUUUCUUUAAAACCCCAAAUUAGAGCAGCAAACCAUUAAAGUUCCUACACUGUUUUUUUUUCAUCACAAUCUCCCUCAGAUCAUUAAAUGUGUCUGCACUGAGAGUUAGAGUUUCCAGAUUUUACAUUUAUUUUAAACUUCAUUUGGUUUAUUGGCUAUUGGCCUUAAAAACAGAUGCUUUGUUACUGAUGCUUUUUUGCCACAUCAUGCCUUAUUAGAACACAUUGCAAUCCUUUGUAACUUUAUUGUUUGUACGGUAUAACACAAAUGUGUAGAUUUGCAUACUUAUUCCUACAUCUGCCCAUACACAGGGUUACAGGGCAACAAAGGGGAGACUCCUGUUGGGCAUUUAGUUAAUAUUGUCAGAUCACUGCUUUUUUGUUUCAGCUACUUUAAGCUGGCUACUUAUUGUUUUUAGUUAGGUGUUCACAUGGCAGUAUAAUUAUUGAUCUUAAUGUGACUGUUUGCACUAAAUUUAUAUUAAUGUCAGUUCUCAUUAAACCAUUUUCUUCAAAA